UCCCGGAAAUCCGGGUACUGAGAGAACUGUGUCGACUACGCAUGCGCCGAACUGCCCCUGCGUCGAUUUAAGUUUUACAACAUAAAACUUAAAACAUGAAAGAAACUAUGCAGCGUUUAAUAAUUAAUCUCGGGCUCAAACCGCAGGACAUUGCCGAGACUUUUUAUGACAUUUGACGGCUUGUGUUCCUUCGCGUGCUGCUGCUCGCUGAUCUCCCGGCGUCACUACGAAGCUGUAGGAGGCAGUUUAUUCUCAUUUUUUGAUAUAAAGGUGCGUUUACUGCCGCGAUGCUUGGCGCGUUGAACAGAAACCUGCGCCCGGUGUUGCGCCAGACUCGACUGCGGCUCUUUGGACUCCGAAAAACACCAACAUGCGCAGCGCAGAUCCGAUGUGCGACGACUUCAGCAGCGCUUCGCCUACAAGACGACUGUCUGGUGCUCAACUAUGAGGGGACCCCGCUGCGCUUUAACUACGUGUGGCUGCGGGACCACUGCCGCUCCGCGUCCUCCUUCAACUCCGCCACCAACCAGAGGAACGUGGACACUGGGAGCAUAGACCUCAGCAUCCGUCCCCAAAGCACGGCAGUGGAGGACGGUCAGCUGGUGCUCACGUGGCCUGACGGCCAUGUUUCAAAGUACGACCUUAGCUGGCUUGCAAGGAACAGCUACGAAGGACAGAAGAGGAGCAUCGUACAACCACGGGUCUUCUGGAACCUCGACAUCUAUGAAAAGGCAAACAUAGAGUCAGCCAAGUGGGACACAUUUCUGACCUGUGACCAUGAGCUAAAGAAGUUUCUGCGGAGCUACCUCCUGUACGGCGUGGCUUUUGUAGAUGGUGUGCCAGCUACUGUUGAGGCCACAAAGGAAGUUACCCAGAGAGUCAGCCUGAUGAGGGAGACCACAUAUGGAGGAAUGUGGAGCUUCACAUCCGAUCUUUCCAGAGGAGACACAGCCUACACUCAGCUGGCCCUGGACCGUCACACUGACACCUCAUACUUUCAGGAACCAUGUGGAAUCCAGGUUUUUCAUUGUCUGAAGCACGAAGGAACCGGGGGCCGGACGUUGCUGGUGGACGGGUUCUACGCUGCAGAGAAGCUGCGCCAGCGGUCACCGGAAAACUUUGAGCUGCUCUCCACUGUGCACAUCGGUCACGAGUACAUUGAAAGCAGCGACAGACACCAAAACCACAUGAGAGGCGUUGGCCCCGUGCUCAACGUCUACCCUUGGAAUAAUGAACUUUACCUCAUUCGAUAUAACAACUAUGACCGAUCGGUGAUAAACACAAUCCCUCAUGAUGUUGUUCAGCGCUGGUAUGUGGCACAUCGACAGCUGACCACUGAGCUACGGAGGCCAGAGAACGAGCUGUGGGUCAAACUGACUCCAGGGAAGGUGGUUUUUAUAGAUAACUGGCGCGUCAUGCACGGCAGGGAGGCAUUCACCGGCACCAGGCAGCUGUGUGGCUGUUAUCUAACCAGAGACGACGUCCUCAGCACCGCUCGUUGCUUUGGUCUACAGGCCUGAUGCUGAUGCUGUGGGCCUCACUGGUAACAUGUGGAGCGGGUUUAUGACAUUUGUGCUUAUUUGACACAGUUUUAGAUUUAUUUUUAUACUGUAUUUAAUCAUCUUCGUUGAUUACUCUGUAAAUGGCUGUUUUUCUUUUUGAAGGUUGCAUACACUUGUUUUAAAGAGUAUGAAUGUCUCCUGAAUCAUACUUGAAACUAAUAAAGCUAUAAAUCCACAAA